ACAUGACGAACGUUUACAAACCAAGCCGGAAGUGGAGUGAACUGACGCACGUCUACAGGGACAGCUGUGCAAGGGCCCAAAAAAAGAAAACAUCAGACAGUAUUUUAGUCUGAAUUAAAGCUGGAUCAAGAUGACUACACCUGAAAAAUAUCCUAGGUCUUCAAUUGAAGAUGAUUUCAACUAUGGGACAAACGUUGCGACUGCGAGUGUGCAAAUCCGGAUGGAUUUUCUGCGCAAGGUAUACACCAUCCUUUCUCUUCAGAUCAUCCUGACCACGGCUACCUCUGCUCUCUUCAUGUUCUGUGACACCAUCAAGGACUUUGUCCAUUCAAGUCCAGCGGUCGUGUUGGUGUCAGCCAUUGGCUCCCUGGUGUUGAUCAUUGCCCUGGCCUUCUACAGACAUCAACACCCCAUUAACCUAUACCUGCUUGCCGUAUUCACUCUGUUGGAGUCGGUCUCUGUUGCUACCGCAGUGACCUUCUAUGAGUACUCCAUCGUGCUCCAGGCCUUCUUCCUCACAGCAGCUGUGUUCCUUGGGCUGACUGCCUACACCUUCCAGUCCAAGAGAGACUUCAGUAAACUGGGAGCUGGAUUGUUCUCCGGCCUGUGGAUCCUGAUCAUCGCUGGUUUCAUGAAGCUCUUCUUCCAGAACGACACAGUGGAGCUGGUGUUUGCUGGUGCGGGAGCUCUGUUGUUCUGUGGCUUCAUCAUCUACGACACCCACCUCCUGAUGCACCAGCUGUCCCCUGAGGAACACGUCCUGGCCUCCAUUAACCUGUACCUGGACAUCGUUAACCUCUUCCUGCACAUCCUCCGCAUGCUGGACUCCAUGAAGAAAAACUGAGCUUCUAUUCCCUAGUGCGCUACACACUAUUCCCUAUUUAGUGCACUACGUUUUGACCCGGGCCCAUAGGGCUCUGUAUGAACGUAGCGCACCGUGAAGGGAAUAGUGUGUGGUUUGGGAUUCAUGCUGCUUAGCUCACAGGGUGACUUGGGAUCGAUUCAGUUUUCAAUUCAGUCACAUUUUCUUGAAUUAUUUAGAGAAUCCUCAUAGAAAAGAAAAUGGACAUUUAUCAAUUCACCUCCUGAAUUGAAAACUGAUUUGCCCUUAAAUCUCUGAUAGACGACCAUGCUGUAGAUCCUACCAGUGAUUGUGAAACGUUAACCCCGCCGUCUAAGUUUAACCCCUGGAGAUAAUAUAAUAUUAUAUUAUAUUAUAACCUGUGCCAUUUUGUUUUAUCAUUUUGGAACUGGCUGUGUUUUGGACUUAUGCUGUUUUUGUUCUAUACUGUUUAUUAUUCUGAAUGUAAAAAACAAAAAAAUCCUAUUUAAUUGUGGGUUGCUCGCUCUGUGAAUGAUACCUUUCUGAAUAUUCAAGCAUACGGAUUAUGUAAGGUUGUUUUGGGUGAUGGUGUAAAAUAGCAUAACACAUUUUUCUAAAGAAAGUACUUCAUUCUACUUCAGUCGAACUUCCAUCCCCUAGCUUGCUGCUAUUCUGAAUUUCAACACAUUAAAACAUCCCUUAGUUACUCUCCAUAGGAAUAGAAAAAUCCACUCAGUGGCCAGUUUGUAUUAGGUCCAUCUGGUACCGGGUCGGAACCCCUUUUCCUCCAGAACAGUCUGAGUUCUUUAAGGCAUGGAAACAAUUGAUAUCAACGGACCUAACGCCCCCAGUCUGUACCGUUGACACCAGGCAGGACGGGUCCAUGGACUGUACCGUUGACACCAGGCAGGACGGGUCCAUGGUCUGUACCGUUGACACCAGACAGGAUGGGACCAUGGUCUGUACCGUUGACACCAGGCAGGACGGGUCCAUGGACUGUACCGUUGACACCAGACAGGAUGGGGUGUACCUUAUAAACUGGCCACUGAAUGUAGAGAUCUGAUCAUUCUAGAAAGACUUGAAUAGUAGUCACAGUAAAGUUUGAUCAAAUACACUAUUCUCCACUAUUGACUUAACCAGGACACCUGAGAACAUUUAUCACAUAGCAACCCAUUCCAUAUAUAGUGCACUGCUUUUGACCAGAGACAUUGUCCCAAAUGGGACCCUAUUCCCUAUAUAGUGCACUACUUUUGACCUGAGACAUUGUCCCAAAUGGGACCCUAUUCCCUAUAUAGUGCACUACUUUUGACCGGAAACAUUGUCCCAAAUGGGACCCUAUUCCCUAUAUAGUGCACUACUUUUGACCGGAGACAUUGUCCCAAAUGGGACCCUAUUCCCUAUAUAGUGCACUACUUUUGACCGGAGACAUUGUCCCAAAUGGGACCCUAUUCCCUAUAUAGUGCACUACUUUUGACCAGAGAUAUUGUCCCAAAUGGGACCCUAUUCCCUAUAUAGUGCACUACUUUUGACCGGAGACAUUGUCCCAAAUGGGACCCUAUUCCCUAUAUAGUGCACUACUUUUGACCGGAGACAUUGUCCCAAAUGGGACCCUAUUCCCUAUAUAGUGCACUACUUUUGACCAGAGACAUUGUCCCAAAUGGGACCCUAUUCCCUAUAUAGUGCACUACUUUUGACCAGAGACAUUGUCCCAAAUGGGACCCUAUUCCUUAUACAGUGCACUACUUUUGACCAAAGCCCUAUGGGUCAUUUGGGACAGAGAUUUUGAUAUACCAGCAAACAGAGGGAUGCUCUGGGACCAGGAAACAUGUUCAACCAGUUACCUGGUGGGCAGAACCAUGUACAGUAGAACAAUAACCACAUCAGAUGUCAGGAAAGGGAAUCUGAAGAACACUACAGGGUUGAAUACCAAGAGGUUUCCAUUUGAGAUCAUGUAAAUACUAAUGAAGGGAUUUUACUAGGCUCUAUAUUCUGUUUCCUCAGUCAUUCAUUUAUUAACAAACCUGCAAGUGCAAUACAAAUUGUCAUGUUUUAAGUAAAAUAGUUACACGUCUAUUUGGUGAACUGUGAAUGCACCGUCAAUUGUAUAUGCUUUGAUUUCUUGAUUAAAUUGUAAAGUUGAGUGUUUUAA